CUUCUCGCAGGAUUCUGAGCCUCAGACGUUUGUCGUCAUGGAGAACGGACGCGCGGGCGAGCGCGUCGCCACGGUAACGGCGAGCGACGGCGACGCGGGCGACAACGCCCGCAUCUUCUAUCACGUCGUUGGCGGGAACGGCGCCUCCGUCUUCUCCGUCGACGCGGCGACGGGCGAUGUGGUCGCGCGGCGCCCCCUGGACCGCGAGGAGGCGUCGUCGUACGACCUCGUCGUCGCGGCGACGAACGACGCGUCAUGGCGGCCGGCGGCGGCGGCGGCGGCGGGGGAGACGUACGAUCGUGAUGACGUGACGCGAGCGGGUGACGCCAGCGACGACGGAGGGCACGCUGGUUACCACGGUUACGGCAUUCGACGCGGAUGCUGGAGGAGGAUGAGAUGGAGAGCGAUUGCUUACAGCAUCGCUGAGCAGAGCUACAGUCGCAACAAGCAGCUACACAG